AUGUCGUCAAAACUGCCGAGCGUGCUCUCCGCGACGGAGGAGGAGAUCCAGAUGAUGUUGGCUGCCAACUGCCAUAUUGGCACCAAGAACUGCGACAAGCAGAUGGAGCCGUACGUCUGGAAGCGCAGGGCCGACGGUAUCCACGUCCUGAACAUUGGCAAGACGUGGGAGAAGAUCGUUCUCGCUGCACGCAUCAUCGCGGCCGUUGAGAACCCGAACGACGUCUGCGUGAUCUCCGCGCGCCCGUACGGUCACCGCGCGGUCCUCAAGUUCGCCGCCAACACGGGCGCACAGGCGAUCGCGGGCCGGUUCACCCCGGGUAGCUUCACGAACUACAUCACGCGCUCGUUCAAGGAGCCCCGCCUGAUCGUCGUGACCGACCCCCGGGUGGACCACCAGGCCAUCCGCGAGGCGUCCUACGUGAACAUCCCCGUCAUCGCCCUCUGCGACACCGACGCGCCCCUCAAGUUCGUCGACGUCGCCAUCCCCACCAACAACAAGGCUCGCCACUCGAUCGGUCUUAUCUGGUGGCUCCUCGCCCGUGAGGUCCUCCGUCUCCGCGGUACCAUCCCCCGCACUCCCGACGGCUGGAACGUCAUGGUCGACAUGUUCUUCUACCGUGACCCUGAGGAGGUCGAGAAGCAGCAGCAGGAGGAGGCUGAGGCCAAGAAGGCACUUGCUGCCGGUGAGGCUGAGCCCACGGCCGUUACCGAGUGGGAUGUCGGAGGUGCAUCGGCACCCGGCGGUAUCAACCCCGCUCUCGUCGCCCAGGAGGGUGGCCUUGACUGGUCCGCGGAGGCCGCCGGCCCGACCGACUGGUCCGCAGAGCCCGCAGCGGGCAACUGGGACGCCGCUCAGCCCUCCGGCUGGGACUAA